UGCGCUGCCGCUUGGAGAAGAGUCCUCGGGAGCCGGAACCGCUUCUGAUUCCGGCUUGGCCUUUAGGGACCGGGGCCCCGGGCGGCUCCUUGAGCACGAGAUCCCGGCCGCGGGGCCUCGCGAGUGGGGAGCCAGGCCGGGUGGCCGCAGGCACAGUGGCUGAGUUCUGUCCUGGCGAUUAGGAUGAGGAGGGACAGCCCCCCCCUUGAGAGAGCAGCAGCAGCAGCUUGGCUGCAAUCCGUUGUGGGGGGGCUGCAUUUGCUAUGCUCCCUUGCAGCCCAGUGGCCAUUUUUUAAAAAAUCAUCUUUAGCGUUUUGAGGGGACUUGAAUUUCCACGCACUGGCCUAGAAACGGGAAGAGUUGCUGGGAAACUGGCACCCCUUUGCCCAUCCCUUUGCGCACAAGUCAGACGGGAACUUGGCUGUUUCCUCCUCCUCCUCCUCAAGGGAAUGUACCCAGGCAGUGGGGAAGCCUCCCAGAUAGCAGCCACCACAGCAGGGCAGCUGCGCAGAUGUUAAUCCAGAUGUGGGCGGCGGCGGCAAGAAACUAAGACUUUAAGAGGCAGACAUCAUUCUGAAGUGGAGGGAUACAAGCGUCCCCUACCUAGAAAGCUCUGAAUCCAAAAUUUGGUUGUGGCCACACAUUCCGGGAAUUCUAGGGUCUCCGUUGUGCAAAUGGCAAGAUGCCUUCAUGGCUGUGAAGAUCAAUCCAACAAUAAGUAAAAAAUACCAGAGUGAGUUUCCACAAGUCACGCGCACACACAGAUGAACACCCACACUGAGCAUUUCUUUUCCUUUGGUUUGCCUUGGAGAUAAAUCAGGAUGGAUCGUUACCUCUGGGCUGGAAACAAUUGGAGCAAAAAUAUUAAUUUGGGCAAUUUAAUUCAGACGUAAGUGGUGGAACUCAGCCAUAGAAACCUGGUAGGUAUCUCAAGAGGUCUUUCGUUCGUGCCGUAACUGAGUCUAGCUUCCACGCUCCUGGAAUUUGGGGAAGGACUAGUGCCCCCUCUUGCGACUAGCUCUCCCCCAUUCCAGGUUCAGUUGUCUGUGGCUACAAAACUCUGCAGACAAGCGACUUGGCCACCCAUCUGCUGGUCCAAAGUAGGGCCUAAGAGCAGGGAGGGGCUUUGCUGCUGCUGCAUUCUGCAGAACUGGCCCUGAGCGGGGGCGGGGGGGGCGGCGGCACUACUCUCUCACCAUCCCCAUGGACACAAGCUGCCCAAGUUGGAGAUGAAGGUAAACUACCUGUGAACCCCUUUCCUUUUCCCCAUCUGUCUUGCGCCCUAAUUACGUGUGGGUGUAAACUUCACAUUUACAAAUUGUGGGGAUGUUCAAACAACCUAAUGUGAGUGUUUAGUUCUGAGACAUUUUUUUUUAAAUGAAAUCAGUGACUGACACUUUUUCAUUUUAUUUUUUAAUAGAAAUUUUGCUAUCCUUCAUGCUUAAAUAUGUGUACCUCUCAUUAUAUAUAAAUAGAGCCUUGCUUGCUAGUAAUGUGUAACAUUUUAUACGUACUUGGCCAUGUGUCUUUUCUGUUGUAUGUGACUUAAUUACUGUUUCAUAUUAAAACUCGUCUUUUCUUAUGUAUUGCUUAUGUAUACCUGUUUUUGAGAUAUCAGUUGAGUACUUUUUAUACAACCUCAAAUGUGUUCCACAUUGGUGACAUUUAUUUUUGCAGUAACUUUUAAAAGAAUAAAAACAGGGCAUGUCUGAAAUAACACAUGCAUUAGGACUGUGACGCGUGACAAAGUUGAUGUAUGUAAUUCAAAUUGGAAACAAGCUCCCAAACUUUGUCCAUUAUUGUUCCCUUAGUAAGAAAUGAAAUUACUAUGUAAUGCAAAUUACUCAUACCAUGGUGCGUGUGUAAGCCACUCUAUGAAGUAUAGGGAUGACGUUUCUGUGUCUAUGUUGAUGGAUGGCGAGCUGAGCUGACCUCAUGGCAAAUGAUUAAACCGUUUUUUGAUGUAUUUUGGCAUACGCUAAAUUUGUGUCCGCGUGCAAGUGCGCUGGGCUGGCUGGGCUGGGCUCGGCGACGGGUGCCGCGACGCCGUCUGUUUCUUUAAAGCUGCGGCGAACGAGGACUCGCCCCCGGCCCCGGCCCCGGCCUGCCCGCCCAACGGAUGCGACGAAACUUCCCACGGCCGCGGAGCCGCGGGGUGUAGGCCGCGGCCGGGAGAAGAGCGCCUGCACACCCCCUCCCCUGCCGGCGCAUACAGCUCCCGGCAGCCCGCGGGGGGCAGCUUCCGGCGGAAGGCCGCGGGAGGGGCGGCGGCUCCCGACAGGCCGCGCGCCCAGCGUCCUGGCAACGGCCCGCCGCUGCCAUGCCGGUCUGGCUGCGCGACUUCAGCUGGGAGCAGACGGUCGAGGCCGUGCGCCUGACCGUGCCCGUGCGGACCGCGCGCCCCCGCCGCGACGGCGUCUUCUGCACCGAGCGGUACCUCAAGGUGAGCGCGCCCCCGUUCCUCUUCGAAGCCGCGCUCUUCGCCCCCGUCGACGCCGAGCGCAGCCGCGCCGAGAUCCGGGAUGGCUGCGUCUCCUUCACGCUGCUCAAGAAGGAGGCGGCCCCGUGGGCGUCCCUGCUGGCGGAGGACGGUGAGUCCCUGGCCCGGCCCGGGCGCCCCGCGGCGGGGAGGGAGCAGGCCCGAGCGAAAGCGGCGGCGACAUCUGCCGAGAAACGGGGACGCGGCAAAUUUGCCCUGGAGGCCGCCAUCAAGCUAGAAGAAGCAGAAAGAAAAAGAAUAGAAGAGCUGAAAGAACAGGAACGGAAAAAAGCCACUGAGGAGAUUGAGACAUGGAAAAGGCAGAAUGAGAUACAAAAGAAAAUACAUACCAAGUGCCAAUUGCCGGAUAAAAAGACAGAAGUCCCCAGAGAAACACAGGGGUACUGGAAUUUGGAAUCUUUUGCUGGAAAGGGAGCAUCCAAGUCAGGAGCAUUAACUAAAGCUAGAAGUUCUGGAAAUAUAUUUUCAGAGAAGAUAAAGGAAGACUCAGUUCCUUCUCCACGCUCUCCUGGAAGCAUUAUGAUAAACUUUACGCCUCGUGUCUUUCCAACAGCCCUUAGAGAAUCCCGGAUCCCAGAGGAGGAAGAGUGGCUAUGUAAACAAGCAGAGGCUCGCAGGAUAAUAAAUGCAGAUAUUGCUGAGAUAGAGGAUUUAAAAGAAGAGGAAAAGAACCCAGAGUGGUUGAAAGACAAGGGAAAUAAAAUGUUUGAAACUGGUAACUAUCUGGCUGCUGUCAAUGCUUACAACUUGGCAAUUCGUAUUAAUAAUAAAAUACCAACCUUGUAUUUGAAUCGAGCUGCUUGCCACUUGAGGCUGAGAAAUCUACAUAAAGCAAUUGAGGAUUCCUCUCAGGCCUUGGAUUUGCUAACGCCUCCUGUUUCCAACAAUGCCAAGGCAAGAGUGAAAGCUCACCUGAGGCGUGGGACAGCAUUAUGUGAACUGGAAUUGUAUGCAGAAGGCCUUCAAGAUUAUCUCGCUGCUCUCAAGAUUGAGCCUACAAAUAAAAAUAUAGAAGAAGAUGCUGAGAAGAUUCGGUGCAUAAUUCAAGGAAAUGAAUAACUAGAAAAGUUGUUCUGGUAAUUUUGAGGUUAAUCUUUGGAAGAUUUUUUUGUUUUGGGUGUUGUCCUCUUCCGCUUGGAUAUCAUUAUUAGAAAGUAGAGUGAGUGGUGGUGGUGGGGGCGUUAAAUGCAGAUCCUGUGUGUCCCCCCAUGGAAAAUGCUUCGUCACCCUUCAUUAAAAUGAGUUGCGAUACAGCCUCCCUCUCC